AUGUCGACGGCCCCUAACCUCGACGUGGUGGAAGCUGCGCGAGCAAAUUAUCCCGCCAUCGAAAAGGGUGCCCACGCCAGGAAGACGCCCGAUGCUUACACGGGAGAUGUCGCCGAUGGACGAGGGUCCCACGACACGCUCGGCGGUCCCAAUGGAGAGGUCUACCCUACUGAGGAGGAGCUACUGACGCUGCGUCGCAUUCAUGGCAAGGUGGACUGGCUGAUUUACAGCAUUGGAUUCGUCGAGAUGUGCGAGCGUUUUGCGUACUAUGGCACGACGGCGGUGUGCUCGACGACUGGUGCAGGAGGCACCCAUGAGCAAGCCGGUGCCUUGGGUCUCGGCCAACGGGCCUCGACUGCCCUCACCCUCUUCAACUCCUUCUGGUCUUACGUCAUGCCCCUUGUCGGUGGCUACCUCGCCGACGCCUACUGGGGCCGCUACCUCACGAUCCAGUGGGCCAUCGCCAUCGCCACCUUUGGGCACAUCCUUAUCAUCGUCGCCGCCGUCCCCUCCGUCAUCUCCAACCCGAGCGGCGCCCUCGCCGCCUUCAUCGUCGGCCUCGUUUUCUUCGGCACCGGCGUCGGCUGGUUCAAGGCCAACAUCUCGCCUCUCAUCGCCGAGCAAUAUGAGCUCACCCAGCCCCGCCAGACCGUCGAGACGCUCCCCAAGACGGGCGAGCGCGUCAUCAUCGACCCCGUCAUGACCAUCUCCCGUGUCUACAUGCGCUACUACUUCCUCAUCAACGUCGGCGCUCUCGUCGGCCAGAUCUCCAUGGUCUACGCCGAGAAGUACGUCGGGUUCUGGCUCUCGUACCUCCUCCCGACAAUCAUGUUCUUCUUCUGUCCCGUCGUCAUGCUUGCGUGCCGUAAGCGCUACGCCAAACGCCCGCCCACGGGCUCCGUCCUGGGCAAGUCCUUCGCCCUCGUUAGCUACGGCCUCAAGCAGGGCAACGGCGUCUCCGAGAUGGGCAAGGACGUAUUCUGGGAGCGCAUCAAGCCCUCGCGGGUCGCCGCCAAGCCCGCGUGGAUGACGUUCGACGACGCCUGGGUCGACGAGGUCCGCCGCGGCGUCAUGGCCUGCACCGUGUUCCUCUGGUUCCCCGUCUUCUGGCUCGCCUACGGCCAGAUGACCAACAACCUCAUCAACCAGGCGGCGACGAUGCGGCUCGACGGCAUCCCCAACGACAUCAUCACCAACCUGAACCCGUUCGCGCUGCUCAUCUUCAUCCCCAUCUGCGACAAGGCUAUUUACCCGGCCAUCGAGCGCGCGGGGCUCCGCUUCACCCCCAUUAAGAAGAUCACGCUCGGCUUCCUCUGCGCCACGCUGUCCAUGGUGGUCGCCGCCGUCAUCCAGCACUUCAUCUACCAGCAGGCGCCGUGCGGGUACAACGCCGGCGACACGGACUGCAUCCGCGAGAACGGCCCGCCCGAGAUGACGGUGUGGAUCCAGACGCCGUGCUAUAUCCUGAUCGCGCUGAGCGAGAUCUUUGCGUCCAUCACGGGCCUGGAGUAUGCCUUUACCAAGGCGCCCAAGAACAUGCGCGGGCUGGUCACGGGUGUGUUUUGGUUCGUCCACGCCUUCUCGAGUGCCAUUGCUCAGGCGUUUGUGGGCCUGGCUGCGGACCCCCUGCUCUUGCUUGGGGGCGUCGGCUUCUGGUUGAUGUUCCGCAAGCUUGACAAGGAGGAAGAUGCGCUGAACGCUCUGCCGGAGAGCACCUACAAGGGAAGGGGAGAGAUUGAGCCCGAAAGCAAGGCCGUCUAG